CUUCUCCUGACACGUGACCCAGACCCGGAACUCGGUGACGUCCCAGAACAACAAAGAUGGCCGGGAUAGGAAGCAGCAACUACUGGGAAGAUCUGCGAAAGCAGGCCAGACAGCUGGAGAAUGAACUUGACCUGAAGUUGGUCUCCUUCAGUAAACUGUGCACCAGCUACAGCAGCUCCAGGGAUGGACGCCGGGGAGACUCGUCAGACACCACCCCAUUGUUAAACAACUCUACCCAGGACAGGAUGUUUGACACCAUGUCAGUGGAGAUUGAACAGCUGCUGGCCAAACUGACGGCAGUGAAUGACAAGAUGGCGGAGUACACCAACGCACCGGGCACAGCUUCUCUCAAUGCUGCACUCAUGCACACGCUCCAGAGACACAGAGACAUCCUACAGGAUUACACACAUGAAUUCCACAAAACCAAAGGCAACUUUUUGGCCAUCCGGGAAAGGGAAGACCUGCUAGGAUCUGUAAGGAAAGACAUUGAGACAUACAAGAGUGGCUCCGGGGUCAACAAUAGAAGAACGGAGGUUUUCCUAAAGGAGCACGAGCACCUGAGGAAUUCUGACCGUCUGAUGGAUGACACAAUAAGUAUUGCCAUGGCGACCAAGGAGAACAUGACCUCCCAAAGGGGCAUACUGAAAUCCAUACAGAGCAGGGUCAACACGCUGGCCAACCGUUUCCCAACCAUCAACAAUCUCAUCCAGCGAAUCAACUUGCGGAAGAGACGGGACUCUCUCAUCCUCGGCACAGUGAUUGGCGUCUGCACCAUUCUCCUCCUGCUCUACGCUUUUCACUGAAAGCACCGGGCUGGUGAAAUCUUCACAGGAGCAGGAGUGAUCUGCUCUUUUAUAGCGUGGGAACCCCAGGAGACCAAGCUCAGUGAUUGGAGGACCCUGGAGGCUUCCUGAGCUGAAGGACAUUCAGUUGGUCCAGUUCUUGGAUGGAAACAAAAUUUCGGCCAACAUGAACUACUGAACUUGUAUUGAGCUGUGGGACACAUGGAGGGCUAGUGGUUGGUUGCUCUUCUGCCAACAAAUAAGACAAGAUUUUAAACAAUUAUAUUAAUAACUUGCUCGGAGAGAGACUGAAGGAAGUUUGAAGAGACUGUGAGAAUGUGUGAUGUAUACUUUUUUUCACAGGUGGAAGGAUUUUUAGUUGAAGGGUCCUUUUUUUAAUUGAUGGAGUAAGAUGGAUAGUUCAUUGUGGGCUGUAAAAUGUGAAUUAAUAAAUUAUUCAUAUCAGUAUGUGCAAACUAGUGUCUGACACUACUACAUACUGAACAUCUAAAGCAUUUUAUUUUUUAAAUUAUAUGAUUUGAGCUCUGUUGGAAAGUGUAUUGGGCCUUCUCAUUUCUGAGCAGUUUAAACCACCAGGAUGCCACAGCAAGGCUUAUAAAAAUGUAUAGUAUUUUUACUACAUUUCCAUAUCUCAAAAAAUUAUGUUAGUUUUUUUUUUAUGCAUUUGCAUUACAUUCCUCUUUUAAAGAGUUGACUGGAUGAGAGAGAGAGAGAGAGAGAGAAUCCUUAGCAAGAUUCAAACAUGGUUUCUGGUCAGCACCUUAACCUCCUCAGCCACCAAGAUAUCCUGCUCUCACUGGCUUUAUAUUUUGAGCUAAAUCAAUCAAUGUGAUAAAUCAUCGGAAAGUGAAUUGGCAACCAUUUUGAUAACUGAUCGAAAAGUAGUUAGUCCAAAUAGCUUCUCAUAUAACAAAAUGAGCUGCCUUCAAUAUUCAAAUCAAUAUUCAAUAUUUGGCAUUUCAGCUGCUUGUUAGACACAGUUUGGAUAUGUUACAAAUGGGCUCAACUGAUGAAUUAACAAAAAUAAUCAGCCAAAUGGAUUAUUUAGUGAUAAUUAAGUGCAGUCCUAUUACAGUCAUAUCUGCAUUUCCAAUAACUGAUUUACUCUCUAUUCUUUAAGUCAGAUAAGUGAAAUGCACAAAAUAAAGUCAGCUAUCAAAUGUGUGUUUGGCUCUCACAAGAACGACUAACUACCAGCACAUCUAUUAUCUAUUUUAAAUCAUAGGUUAAAGAAUGUCUGAAAGUAUACCGUAAAAGGCAGCUGCACUGCACACAGUUUCUUCUGAUUUGGUCACAUACAAGAGGCUUCAUCAGUUCUAAUGAUUGGCAGAUUGUUAUAUUAUUUGCUUAUUAUUAGCUUUUGCCUUUAAACCUAUGGCUGCUUCAACAAGGACUCAGCCUUGGUACAUGGGGCACCAGCUGUAAGGGAGCUACUCUACUGCGGCCCACCCUGACUGGCAGAUUGUCACAUAAUGACAGAGUUAUCAGGUUCAUGUGAAAUAAGCAUCUUGGAUAAAGUUGUGAAAUGUCUUCAACAGCAAACCAGCCUCCUCUGUUGCCUUCAGUGCACUACUUCUAAAUUUCUAUUGAAUGAUUCAAACCAUUUUGCACCUGUUGUUAGUAUAGUAUACCUGGCAGAGCCCAGCAUAACCCCCCUAUUUGAUUUAAAUCCACCUGGAAGUGACAUGUGCAUUUAAAGGUGGGAAGUGAAGCAUACAUCUGAGAUGGGAAUGCUUGCAGACUAGGUUUGACUUGUUUUAUUAAAGUCAAGUUGGCCGGGGGGGAAAAGGUGAAAGCAAGGCAGCUGUGUGAGAAACAUCAAUGUGUUUUUGUCUCACAGUUUCAGGCUGUUACUCGACUGGAAUCCAAAUAAAAUAGGCUCACUUCAAUGGGCUGAAGAGGA